AUUGGGAACAGAGGGAGUUCAUUUACUGACCAGAGUGUGCCCUGAGAGGCCGUGCUGCUCCUUCUCCCACAUUCACUGGGGUGUCUUGCUCUGCAAGUGCAGUUUCAGGCGGUUUGGGAGCACACGCCCCAGACCUGCCGCCCGCUGCUUAUCUGCCACCCGUGGGUCCCAAGUUCCAGCGACUUCUCCUGUCCCACACUCCACUUUGCUCCCCGUGUGUCCUAAAGAAAGGGGACGUGCUCCCGAGAUUUUCCACGGUAUGAUUCUGGGUCUUCCACAUGUUUCUAAGAGGAAAGAAAAUUAAUAUAUCACCUGAGAUGAUAGCAUUUGAAGACCUGGCUGUGUACUUUACCUGGGAGGAAUGGCAGAAAAUGAACAAUGCUCAGAAAACCCUAUACCGAGAUGUGAUGCUGGAGACCUACAGCAGCCUGUUCUCCUUGGGGCCAUGCAUUACCAAACCUGACUUGAUCUUCAAGUUGGAGGAAGGAGCAGAGCCAUGGGUGGUGGAAGAAUGCCUGAAUCAGAGCCUUUCAGUGGGCAUGAAAAGAGAUGACCUGAUUUGGAUCAACCAGGAAAGUCAGGACAAAAUUCUGAAUCAGGAUUUUAGGAAAAAUAACAAGACAUCAGCCCCCAAGAGUGUUGAAUUAACAAAAACACUUAGUUUAAAUUCAAGCCAUAUUCCAACACUGAUUAUUAAAAAGGGAACCUAUUCAGGAUUGAAGUCUGAGGAAUGCAAUACAUGUCACAAUGUAUAUCUCCCCAGUGGGCCUCAUCAACUACAGGCUGAAGAAAAAUUUGAUAACACUAAGAUACCUGGAAAUUCUCUCCAGUUCUGUGAGCCUCUUGGUCAGCAUGACAAGACUCACAUCAUGGAGCAGCCAUUUGGACCCACUGGAGAAGCAAAAGUCUUCACAAGAAAGAUGUAUUGUAAAUCUGAGAGGGUUCAUAUGGCAGAAAACUGUAAUAAGUCAACUGUUACUUUUGGAAAAGCAACUCAAAUAGAAAAAGCUAUCCAUGAAAAUUCUAGCCUCAAUAUGCAUCAACAAAUUCACACAAGAAAGAAAUUUUGUAAGUACAUUAGCUAUGUUGAACCUGUCAUUCACCAAUCACAUCUUGCAAUAAAUCAGAGGCUAAAUACAAGGGAAAAACUCUAUACAUGUAAACCUUGUGGAAAAUCACUCAGUUUUAAUUCACCUUAUGAAUGUAAUGACUAUGGAAAAGCCUUUGGUCAAAAGUCAGUCCUCAGGAAACAUCAGCAAAUUCACACAGGGGAGAAACCUCAUGAAUGCAAUGACUGUGAAAAAGCCUUUACACAAAAGUCACACCUCAUAAACAAUCAGCAAAUUCACACAGGGGAGAAACCUCUUGAAUGUAAUGACUGUGGAAAAGCCUUUAGAAAAAGGUCACAUGUCAUAAACCAUCAGCGAAUUCACACAAGGGAGAAACUUUAUAAAUGUCUUCAUUGUGGAAAAGGCUUUCUGUGGAAGUCGGAGCUCAUUGUACACCAGAGAAUUCACACUGGGGAGAAACCCUAUGAAUGUAAUGACUGUGGAAAAGCCUUUGGACGAAAGUCAAACCUUGUAAUGCAUCAGAGAAUUCACACAGGGGAGAAACCUCAUGAAUGUAAUGACUGUGGAAAAGCCUUUGGACGAAAGUCAGACCUCAUGAAACAUCAGCAAAUUCACACAGGGGAGAAACCUCAUAAAUGUAAUGACUGUGGAAAAGCCUUUACACAAAAGUCAGUCCUCAGGAAACACCAGCGAAUUCACAUAGGGGAGAAACCUCAUGAAUGUAAUGACUGUGAAAAAGCCUUUACACAAAAGUCAGACCUCAGGAAACAUCAGCAAAUUCACACAGGGGAGAAACCUCAUAAAUGUAAUGACUGUGGAAAAGCCUUUACACAAAAGUCAGUCCUCAGGAAACAUCAGCAAAUUCACACAGGGGAGAAACCUCUUGAAUGUAAUGACUGUGGAAAAGCCUUUAGAAAAAGGUCACAUGUCAUAAACCAUCAGCGAAUUCACACAAGGGAGAAACUUUAUAAAUGUCUUCAUUGUGGAAAAGGCUUUCUGUGGAAGUCAUUCCUCAUUGUACACCAGAGAAUACACACUGGGGAGAAACCCUAUGAAUGUAAUGACUGUGGAAAAGCCUUUGGACAAAAGUCAAACCUUGUAAUACACCAGAGAAUUCACACAGGGGAGAAACCUCAUAAAUGUAAUGAGUGUGGAAAAGCUUUUGGACAAAAGUCAGACCUCACGAAACAUCAGCAAAUUCACACAGGGGAGAAACCUCAUAAAUGUAAUGACUGUGGAAAAGCCUUUGGACUAAAGUCAUGCCUCAUAUUACACCAGAGAAUUCACACAGGGGAGAAACCUUAUGAAUGUAAUGACUGUGGAAAAGCCUUUGGACGAAAGUCAAACCUUGUAAUGCACCAGAGAAUUCACACAGGGGAGAAACCUCAUGAAUGUAAUGACUGUGGAAAAACCUUUAGACGAAAGUCAGGCCUCAUCGUGCAUCAAAGAAUUCACACAGGGGAGAAACCUCAUAAAUGUAAUGACUGUGGAAAAGCCUUUGGACGAAAGUCACACCUCAUCAUACACCAGCGAAUUCACACAGGGGAGAGACCUCAUAAAUGUAAUGACUGUGAAAAAGCCUUUGGACACAAGUCAUACCUCAUGAAACAUCAGAGAAUUCACACAGGGGAGAAACCUCAUGAAUGUAAUGACUGUGGAAAAGCCUUUAGACGAAAGUCAAACCUUGUAAUGCACCAGAGCAUUCACACAGGGGAGAAACCUCAUAAAUGUAAUGACUGUGGAAAAGACUUUGGACGAAAGUCAACACUCCGCAUACAUCAGCAUAUUCACACAGGGCAGAGACCUCAUGAAUGUAAUGACUGUGGAAAAGCCUUUGGACGAAAGUCAAACCUUGUAAUGCAUCAGAGAAUUCACACAGGGGAGAAACCUCAUGAAUGUAAUGACUGUGGAAAAGCCUUUGGAUGAAAGUCACAUCUCAUGAAACAUCAGCAAAUUCACACAGGAGAGAAAUUUUAAAUGUAACAACUGUGGAAAAGCCUUUGCCCAUAAGUUAGACCUCAUGAAACAUCAGCAAAAUCACAUGGGGCAGAAACCUCAUGAAUGUAAUGACUGUGGAAAAGCCUAUGUAUAAAAGUCACACCUCAUAUCACACUACAGAAUUCACACAGGAGAGAAAACUCAUGAUUGAAAUGACUGUGGAAAAGCAUUUAGCCAUAAGUCAACACUCUUCAUACAUCAGAGAAUUCACACAGGGGAGAAACCUUAUGAAUGUAAUGACUGGAAAAGCCUUUGGACAAAAGUCAAACCUCAUAAUGCACCAGAGAAUGCACACAGUGUUAAAACUUCAGGAAUGUAAUGACUGUGGAAAAGCCUUUGGUCUUAAGUUCUAACUCCAAAUGCAUCAGAGAAUUCACACAGGGAAAUAAAUUUAUAAAUGGAUGACUGUUGAAAAGCCUUUUUCUAUAAAUUAUACCUCAUAUCAAAACAGAAUUCAUACAGGCCAGAAACCUUAUGAGUCUAAUGAGUGUGGGAAAGCCUUUUCUUAUAAAUCAUAGCUCAUAUCACACCAGAGAAUUCACACUGGGGAGAAACCUCAUGAAUUCAAUGACUGUAGAAAACCCAUGGCAAUAAGUCCCAUCUCAAAAUGCAUCAGAAAAUUCACAGGAAGAGAAACCUUUUGAACAUAAUGACUUGGAAAGCUUUUUCCCAUAAUUCAGCCCUCAUUGCACAUCAUCGAAUUCAUAUAGGUGGAAAACACUUUGAGUAUAAUGCAUAUGGGAAAUCUUUUUUUAAACUUUUAUUUAAUGAAAAUAAAUUUCCAAAGUACAGCUUAUGGAUUACAAUGGCUUCCCCCACAGCAAACUUCCCUCCCACCUGCAACCCUCCCCUUUCCUGCUCCCUCUCCCCUUCCGUUCACAUCAAGAUUCAUUUUCAAUUCUCUUCAUAUAUAGAAGAUCAGUUUAGUAUAUAUUAAGUAAAGAUUUCAACAGUUUGCCCCCACAUAGCAACACAAAGUGAAAAAUACUGUUGGAGUACUAGUUAUAGCAUUAAAUAACUGUGUACAGCACAUUAAGGACAGAGAUCCUACAUGAUAUUUUUAAAAAAUUAGGCUGGCGCUGUGGCUUAACAGGCUAAUUCUCCACCUUGUGGCACCGAUACACUGGGUUCUAGUCCUGGUCGGGGCACCAGAUUCUAUCCCGGUUGCCCCUCUUCCAGGCCAGCUCUCUGCUAUGGCCCAGGAGGGCAGUGGAGGAUGGCCCAAGUGCUUGGGCCCUGCACCCCAUGGGAGACCAGGAGAAGCACCUGGCUUCUGGCUUCAGAUCAGCGCAAUGUGCCGGCUGCAGCGGCCAUCGGAGGGUGAACCAGCAGCAAAAAGGAAGACCUUUCUCUCUGUCUCUCUCUCUCACUAUCCACUC